GCCUUGGCCGAGGCGCUGAAGACAAACGCGUCCGUCACGGACAUCGAUUUGUCAGGAAACCAGAUUGGUGCCGAGGGGGCCAAGGCCUUGGCUGAGGCGCUGAAGACAAACUCGUCCGUCGCGAACAUCGCUUUGCGAGAAAACAAGAUUGGUGCCGAGGGGGCCAAGGCCUUGGCCGAGGCGCUGAAGACAAAUGCGUCCGUCAAGAACAUCGAUUUGAGAAUCAACAAGAUUGGCGACGAGGGCGCCAAGGCCUUGGCCGAGGCGCUGAAGAUAAACGUGUCCGUGAAGAACAUCGAUUUGAGAAUCAACAAGAUUGGUGCCGAGGGCGCCAAGGCCUUGGCCGAGGCGCUGAAGACAAACGCGUCCGUCACGGACAUCGAUCUGGGAGCCAACCGGAUUGGCGACGAGGGCGCCAAGGCCUUGGCCGAGGCACUUAAAAUCAACAAGUCCAUCACGAACAUCUAUUUGUAUGACACCCAGAUUGGCGACGAGGGCGCCAAGGCCUUGGCCGAGGCACUGAAGAUAAACGGGUCCGUCACGAAGAUUCGUUUGUCAAGCAACGAGAUGGGCGACGAGGGGGCCAAGGCCUUGGCCGAGGCACUGAAGAUAAACUCGUCCGUCACGGACAUCGAUUUGUUAUGGAACCAGAUUGGUGCCGAGGGCGCCAAGGCCCUGACGGAGGCGAUGGAGGAGCGAAACAGGAAGGGCGUUCCCUUGACGUGCUCCUGGGAUGAGGAGGACAAGGAGGACGAGGAGGAGGAGGACGAGGAGGAGGAGGAGGAUGAGGAGGACGAGGAGGACGAGGAGGAGGAGGAGGAGUGGUGA